AUGGACCUCUCAGACAUCAAGCGCAGGGAGCUUGGUGUGCUGUUUGAAGACUUACGUGUCGUCGGCCUCGGUGCCUCGGCUGCCAUCCAGCCAACGUUUGGGUCAGUCCUUAACCCAUCCAACUGGCUCUCUGGCAUCCGAGACCUACGACAUCCAGCCACGCGUGACAUUCUCAGUGGUUUCGAGGGCGUAGUCAGACCGGGCGAGAUGCUCCUCGUCCUCGGGCGACCAGGAGCAGGAUGCAGUACAUUCCUACGCACGCUCGCCAAUCAGCGUGCAGACUAUCACGCAGUCCAGGGCCAAGUGCACUACGACUCACUCUCACCUGCCGACGUCUGGGGCCAUUGCCGAGGCGACGUGCAGUAUUGCCCCGAGAAUGACGACCAUUUCCCCACGCUGACUGUUGAGCAGACCUUGGCAUUUGCGGCACUCACACGCACUUCUCACACACGAUUGGAUUCCAUGUCUCGGGAAAAGAGUGUGCAGGUCAUGACGGACGUCCUGAAAUCCGUCUUCGGCCUCCGACACGUGAAAGACACUCUUGUGGGCGAUGCCUCCAUCCGAGGAGUUUCCGGCGGUGAGAAGAAGCGAGUCUCCUUGGGCGAGACGUUGGCAACACGGGGCCUGCUCAACUGCUGGGACAACUCCACCCGUGGUCUCGACUCCUCGACCGCGCUCGAGUUCAUCCGUGCGCUGCGGACGAUCACGAACAUUACGCGACUGACCACGAUCGUUUCGAUCUACCAGGCCGGCGAGCCACUGUAUGAGCUGUUCGACAAGGUGUGCAUCAUCUACGAGGGCCGGAUGGCGUACUUCGGCCCUGCGAACCGUGCGCGCCAAUACUUUAUCGAUAUGGGCUACGAACCAGCACACCGGCAGACUACAGCCGACUUCCUUGUCUCUGUGACCGACCCGCACGGGCGGACGGCGCAUCCGGCCAAGGUGCUGCGUGUCCCGCGCACGGCGAUGGAGUUUGCAGCGCGCUUCCGCGAAUCGUCCAUUUCGCUGGAGAACCGCGCGGAUAUGGAGGCUUACCGUGCCGAGUGCGUUGGGCGGCCAGAUCGCGCGCGGGCGUACCUGGACAGCGUGUGCGACGAGCACGCUGCAUCACAUGCAGGCAAAGGGGGCCCGUAUGUCCUCUCGUUCGCGAUGCAGAUUCGCGCGGUCAUGCGCCGCCGACGACAAAUCAUGCGCGGCGCAUUGACGGCCAUGGCUAUUGAGAUCGGCUCGUUCAUCAUCUUGUCUAUGAUUGUGGGGACGAUCUACCUUCGGAUGCAGCCGUCAACUUCUACAUUCUUCUCGCGCGCUGCUGUGAUUUUCUUCGCGUAUAUCUGGUCUGGUCUCUCAACAAUGGCAGAGAUCCCAACUUUGUUUGCACAACGGUCCAUCGUCCUCCGGCAUUAUAAAGCUGCAAUGUACCACCCUUUCGUAGAGGCUCUCGCUCUGACCCUGGUUGACAUCCCGAUUACGUUCGUUACGAUGACGGUCUUCACCCUAAUUCUGUAUUUCCUCGCCGGGUUGCAAGAAUCGGCACAUCAGUUUUUCAUUUUCAUGCUUUUCGUAUUCGUUAUGACUAUCACGCUCAAGGCAUUCUUCCGCACCAUCACCGCGUCAUUCUCAGAUCCUGCGCCUGCCACCGCCGCUGCGGGUGUGCUAAUGCUCUUCCUUGUCCUCUAUACCGGUUUCCCGAUUCCCGUGCCAUACAUGAUACGAGCGCUCUCGUGGAUCACAUACAUCAACCCCCUCAAGUACGGCUUUGAAGCGCUUAUGGUCAACGAGUUCUCCACGCUGGAAGCAUCGUGCGAGACACUCGUGCCGUCCGGACCUGGGUAUGAGAGCGUCUCGAUCGCGAACCAGGGUUGUGCCGUCGUCGGCUCGGUCGCGGGCUCGGCGACGGUGUCUGGUAUCCGAUAUGUCGAGCUGGCGUAUGGAUUCACGUACAAGCACCUCUGGCCCAACUUUGGCGUGUUAUGCGCCUUCUGCAUCUUCUUCAUCGCUCUGUUGCUCCUCAUCACGGAGGCGAACACGGGUUCGUCAGAGGAGACGUCGGUGGUGAUGUUCCAGAAGAACCAGAAGACAUUGGCGCUCGAGGACGCCUUACGUGCGGCUCCAGCGGGCUCCAGCGACGUCGAGAAGGCAAGUAUGGGCGGGUCUACGACGGUGUCGACACCGACGGGGUCCGAGAUGAAGGAGAAGGCGCGCAUGCCCGACGACGUCCCUGGCAGUCCCAUCGCGGGCAACGUGUUCUCGUGGCAGCAGCUGAGCUACACCGUCUCGGUCUCGGGCGGCAACUACAGACAGCUGCUCGAUGACGUAUCCGGAUAUGUUGCGCCGGGCAAGCUGACUGCGCUGAUGGGUGAAUCGGGAGCAGGCAAGACGACGCUGCUCAACGUCCUUGCUGACCGAGCGGGCGCAGGUGUCGUCAGUGGCGAGCGUUUCAUGAACGGUCAGAUGCUCCCUGCGGAUUUCCAGGCACAAACUGGGUAUUGUCAGCAGAUGGACACGCACGUAAAGUCGGCAACCGUCCGCGAGGCGUUGUUGUUCUCCGCGAAGCUGCGCCAGCCGCAGUCCGUGCCUCUGGCAGAGAAGGAGGCCUACGUGGACAAGUGUCUCCAGAUGUGUGGACUCGAGGCGUACGCAGAUGCCAUUAUCGGCACGCUGGGAUGCGAGCAGCUCAAGCGCACAACCGUCGGAGUCGAGCUCGCUGCGAAGCCAUCGCUUAUUUUCUUGGACGAGCCAACGUCAGGACUCGACUCGCAGAGUGCGUGGGCGAUUGUCAACUUCCUCAGGAGCCUCGCCGAUCACGGACAAUCUAUCGUCUGCACAAUUCACCAACCUUCCGCUGAGCUCUUCGAGGUCUUCGACAAGCUGCUACUUCUGCGCAAAGGUGGUCAGACCGUGUACUUUGGCGAUAUGGGCGCGCAGGCUUCGACUGUGAUCAAUUAUUUCGAACGUCAUGGCGCUCGGCCAUGUGGAGAGCUCGAGAACCCAGCGGAGUAUAUGCUGGACGUUGUUGGUGCGGGUGCAACAGCUACGAGUACGGCCGACUGGAGUGGACUUUGGAAGAAAUCCAGAGAAGCUGAAAAUCUGCAACAUGAUCUGGAGAUGAUUCGCGUGCACGGCCGCUCUCAACCACCAAACAAGCCCACGCGUUCUUCAGAGUUCGCAGCUUCUUGGGGAUAUCAAUUAGCUACUCUACUUGAGAGGGAUCAUCUGACACUCUGGCGAGACCCCGUGUAUCUCAUUGCGAAGAUGGCAGUGAACAUUCUCUGUGCUCUGAUCAUUGGCUUCACGUACUGGAAGCAAAAGAACACCAUUCAAGGAACGCAGAAUCAGCUUUUCUCGAUCUAUAUCUCGACAUUCCUUGCAGCACCGGUCGUGGAGCAAUUGCAGGUGCCUUUCCUGGACAUGCGAAGCAUCUAUGAGAUCCGAGAACGCCACAGCCGGAUGUACCGAUGGUCUGCGUUGAUUACCUCACAGCUACUGGUAGAGAUUCCAUGGAACAUUUUUGGCUCGACACUCUUUUUCGUCUGCUGGUACUGGACCGCUGGUUUCCCAACGCAUCGAGCUCCUUUCACCUUUUUGCUAUUCGCUAUUGUGUAUCCGCUUUAUUACACAUCUUUCGGCCAGGCUUGUGCGGCGAUGGCUCCUAAUGCUGAGAUUGCCGCUCUCAUCUUCAAUGCGCUGUUCGGUAUCAUCAUUGUCUUUGAUGGAGUGUUGCAACCAUUCCGCGAACUCGGCAAAUGGACGUGGAUGAACCGCAUCUCCCCUUCGACAUACUUUGUAGAAGGUUUCCUUGGUCAAGCUGUCGGAAAGUCGGUCAUCAACUGCGCGUCGGUGGAGUUCGUCAAGGUUAACCCCCCGAGCGGCGAGACCUGCAUGCAGUAUCUGGGCGAUUUCAUCAACCUGAACGGUGGCUAUGUCCAGAACCCGAAUGCCACUGAUUCCUGCGACUACUGUCAGUACCGCACGACCGAUGAAUUCUUGGGAAGUCGUAACGUCUUUUAUUCUAACCAUUGGAGGAACCUGGGUAUAUUUUGCAUUUUCACCAUUUUCAAUGUUGUUGCUAUUUAUGCUAUUACGUACUUUUUCCGCAACACUCCCACAUAUAUCCAAUCCCACUUUGUAAUUUAUCAGACGGAUAGCCAGAAGCUACUAUAG